CUCUCUUCAUUAGUGUACUGUCCCACUCCCACCACUUCAUAUUAAAGGACUCCGCUCAUUCAGCCCGCAUCACCGAUAAACUGUCUGUAAACUUCCUCUAUUCUACUUUUACUUUUUGCACUUUACCCCAAUCUUCUUUCUCUAUUCUUCCCUUUUUCCCUUCUAAUUUCCACUCUCCCACUUACUCAAACAAGCCACCACAAAAACAUUACUAUUUUUUAACUUUUCUCACUACAUCUUCAUCGUUUUCUAGGGUUUCUCAUAUCAUGCACGGCCUCAGCCGCUUCGGAACCGCCCGCUCCACUACGGCGGCGUCUCCGCCUUCCUCUCCUCGCUUCCGACACGGCCGCACCAAGAUCGUCGCCGGUGGGGGAGGAUUUGGCGGGAGAGGUGCGAAGCAGAGUUUGGUGGAGAAGUUGGUGCUUGUUUUCAUUUCGGCUGUGUUCAAGCGGAAAGGCGUGCUUCUGUUGGCGCCUUUGUUGUACAUAUCUGUAAUGUUGUUGUAUAUGGGGUCGUUGGGGUUCGAUGUUGUUGAUUUGAAGAGUGUUGUUGUUGUGCAUAAGCAUGCGCUUCCUGGCUCGGUUUAUAGAAGUCCGCAGGUUUUUGAGAAGCUUUGGCCGUUUAUGGAGGCUGAAGCCAACGCCACCGACAAUGCGUUGAUGACAGCAUGGAACUCAAAAGUCCAUCAGAGUUGGAAGCCUUGUACCAAUACAAGUAUUUCUAAAGCAGAGUUGCCCAGGUCUAAUGGUUUCCUUAUAAUUGAAGCUAACGGUGGGUUGAACCAGCAACGAUUAUCGAUAUGUGAUGCAGUGGCAGUGGCAGGACUGCUGAAUGCAACUCUUGUCAUUCCAAUUUUUCACUUCAAUAGUGUUUGGCGAGAUUCCAGCAAUUUUGGUGACAUAUUUGAUGAAGAUUUUUUCAUACAUGCACUUAGAAAUAAUGUGAAUGUUGUCAAAGAACUGCCAGAGGAUAUACUUGAACAGUUUGACCACAAUAUAAGCAGCAUUGUAAAUUUAAGAGUGAAAGCUUGGUCCAGUCCAACCUAUUAUCUUCAAAAGGUCCUGCCAAAACUGCUGCAGAUGGGGGCUGUACGAAUUGCUCCUUUCUCCAACAGAUUGGCUCAUGGAGUUCCUUCAAAUAUUCAAGGACUUAGAUGCCUGGCCAAUUUUGAAGCCCUAAGAUUUUCUGAACCUAUAAGAAUGCUUGCAGAGAAAAUGGUUGAGCGGAUGGUUAAGAACAGCUCUCAAAGUGGGGGGAAAUAUGUUUCUGUGCACCUUCGCUUUGAGACAGAUAUGGUUGCAUUCUCAUGUUGUGAAUAUGAUGGUGGCAAGGAAGAGAAACGUGAGAUGGAUAUAGCUCGAGAAAGAAGCUGGAGGGGGAAAUUCAGGAAAAGGGGAAGAAUAAUAAGACCAGGUGCAAAUCGUGUUGAUGGAAAAUGCCCAUUGACUCCAUUGGAGGUCGGAAUGAUGCUUAGGGGCAUGGGUUUUGAUAACACGACCUCAGUGUAUGUUGCAGCUGGCAAAAUUUACAAAGCUGAGAAGUUCAUGGCUCCACUUAGACAAAUUUUUCCGCGCUUAGAAACAAAAGAUACACUAGCUACCUCUGAGGAACUUGCUGCAUUUAAGGGCCACUCGUCGAGAUUGGCUGCUCUUGACUAUACAGUUUGCCUACACAGUGAAGUGUUUGUCACGACCCAAGGUGGAAAUUUUCCUCACUUCUUGAUGGGCCAUAGGCGUUAUUUUUAUAGAGGACAUGCUAAGACUGUUAAACCGGAUAAGAGAAAGUUGGCACUAUUAUUUGAUAGUCCCGAUAUCAGAUGGGAUGACUUAAAGAAACAAAUGAAAGAUAUGCUUGCCCACAGUGAUCAAAAGGGAAUUGAAUUAAGAAAACCCAGUGGGUCACUUUACACAUUUCCCAUGCCAGAUUGCAUGUGUAAAACCACUUGAACCACCAACAUUAAUUAAUACAUUAACACAAAUAAACCAACUUCAAAAUCUGAAUAUAGAAUCCAGGGUUACCCAAGUUCUUUUUACUUGUAAUUUAUACCCCUAUUAUUAGAUUCUGAAUCUAAUUCUUUCAUUUCAGUUGAGAGAGAAGUUGUAGGUUCUAAUUCUUUAAAAUUGACUCCAUUACAUCCUGUAGUUGUCCUCGCAAAAUUCAUUGUACAUGACACGAUAACAAUAAAGUGAUUUGAAUUUGAGAA